AUGAAUACCGAGAAGGAUUUCUCCCCUUUGACCCCCAACAUUGUGAGAGCUCUCAACGACAAGCUGUACGAGAAGAGGAAAGUGGCAGCACUAGAGAUCGAGAAACUUGUGAGGGAGUUUGUGGCUCAGAACAAUUCGACUCAGAUCCGGCAUGUCAUCCAGAUCCUGGCGUCAGAGUUUGCGCUGUCGCAGCACCCCCACAGUCGCAAAGGAGGCCUCAUCGGCCUGGCUGCCUGCUCCAUCGCCCUGGGCAAAGAUUCUGGGUUGUACCUGAAGGAGCUGAUCGAGCCAGUGCUCACAUGUUUUAACGACUCUGACAGCCGUCUGCGAUAUUACGCCUGCGAAGCUCUCUACAACAUUGUGAAGGUGGCCAGAGGAGCUGUGCUCCCCCACUUCAACGUUCUGUUUGAUGGCCUUAGCAAGCUUGCAGCAGACCCUGAUCCCAACGUGAAGAGUGGCUCUGAGCUUCUUGAUCGCCUUCUGAAGGACAUUGUAACAGAGAGUAACAAGUUUGACCUGGUGGCUUUUGUUCCUCUUUUACGAGAGAGGAUCUACUCCAACAAUCAGUACGCCCGUCAGUUCAUCAUAUCUUGGAUCUUGGUGUUGGAGUCAGUCCCGGACAUCAACCUCUUGGAAUAUCUGCCUGAAAUUCUGGAUGGCCUCUUCCAGAUAUUGGGAGACAGCAGCAAGGAGAUCAGGCGGAUGUGUGAGGUGGUCUUGGGAGAAUUUCUAAAGGAAAUAAAGAAAACUCCUUCCAGUGUCAAGUUUGCUGAUAUGGCAAACAUCCUUGUUAUCCACUGCCAGGUGUCUGAUGAGUCCAAACUCACUAAUGACCUGAUCCAACUGACCGCUAUGACAUGGAUGAGGGAGUUUAUCCAGCUAGCAGGCCGAGUGGUCCUGCCUUACUCCUCUGGCAUACUGACGGCUGUGCUGCCUUGCUUGUCCUACGAUGACCGCAAGAAGAGCACCAAAGAAGCUGCUAGCGCCUGCAACCACAGCCUAAUGAAGCUUGUGACACCUGAGGAUGACGAAGAUGAAGAAGAGUCACAGUCCACAACCUCACCUCAGAGCAAAGACGCGUCAAGUAAGAAAGAGGGGGAUCUUAAUGAUUCUCUGAAUGCCUCUCAGGAGUCAGUGGGCUUAAGCAACAUUUCUUUCUUCACACCAACAAGCAAUGACAAGACUCAGGUAACCCUGGACCUGGACGGCAUUGUGCAGGUUCUGGACAGACAUUUACACGACUCCUCGACUGGAAUGAUGACACGCAUUGCUGUGCUGAAGUGGCUCUACCAUCUCUACAUCAAGACACCUCGCAAGAUGUUCCGGCAUACAGACAGUCUGUUUCCCAUGUUACUGAAGACCCUUUCUGAUGAGUCUGAUGAAGUCAUCCUGAAAGACUUGGAGGUUCUAGCGGAGAUUGCAUCAUCCCCUGCGGGACAAACGGAGUCCUCUGGGUCAUGUGACAGUGCAGAUAAAACAGAGCUUCACGUUCCAGAUGGAAGUAAAGUUGGCCAGCAGCAGCUGGGGGUUGGUUCCAAAGGAGCAGACUCCUCUCCCUCCACCCCUAGUAUGAACUCUUACUUCUACAAGUUCAUGAUCAACCUCCUCAAGCGCUUCAGUCUGGAGAGGAAGCUUCUGGAAACGAGGGGGGCCUUCAUCAUCAGGCAGCUGUGUCUUCUCCUGCAUGCAGAAAACAUCUUCCACUCCAUGGCAGACAUCUUGCUGAAGGAGGAGGACCUGAAGUUUGCAUCCACCAUGGUGCAGACCCUCAACACCAUUCUGCUGACCUCAGCUGAGCUCUUCCAGCUCAGGAACCAACUCAAAGACCUGCGCACGCCUGAGAGCUGUACUCUCUUCUGCUGCCUCUACCGCUCCUGGUGCCAUAAUCCAGUGGCCACGGUCUCUCUCUGCUUCCUGACCCAGAACUACCGCCAUGCAUACGACCUCAUUCAGAAGUUUGGUGACCUGGAGGUGACGGUGGACUUCCUUAUCGAAGUAGACAAACUCGUGCAACUAAUUGAGAGCCCCAUUUUCACAUACCUUCGUCUGCAGCUGCUGGACGUAGAGAACAACCCCUAUCUGAUCAAGGCUCUGUACGGCCUGCUGAUGCUGCUGCCACAGAGCCAAGCCUUCCAGCUUCUGUCCCAUCGUCUACGCUGCGUGCCCAACCCGGAGCUCAUGAGGACAGUGGAGGUUCCAAAGCCAGCCAGUGCCAAGCGUGCCACUCAGCCGCAGGUAGACUACCAGGAGCUGCUGCAGCACUUUGACAGAGUUCAGAGCAAACACCUGGAGGUGCGGCACCAGCGGGCCAGCCAUGCUGAACACCCUGACAGGAAGCUGGUGCUGUGAGGGCCUAUAGCACCCUGGCAUUUGAGGGGGCAAGGAGGAGAGUCAGACUGAAACCUCAUCGGAGCCUCCUGUGGGCUUCUGUUUUCCAUUUGGACUGUAUGUUCUUACUCAGUUUUUAAGCCAUUGAUUCUACUGUAAGCAUGGUGGACUUUUCUUAUUUUUAAUGUUAAUCAAGUGCUUUAUGUUGGGGUGGAGGGUGGUUGUGGGGGGGGUGUUCAUGGAGACUCACACAAGACUGACAAGCAACUCCAAAAAAGCAAGUUUAAGGCCAAUGGUUGUAUCAUCUCCAGCCAGUGAUCUCAGCGUAGCCACCAACAUUUAGCGCUUGUAUGGAAUAUGAUGUGCAUUCCCAUCUUACAUGGAUAACUGUAAAGUGUUUUCUAGAACAGGAGUCUAUAUCACAGUGUAAGUAGAUAUUAAACGCCUGCUCAUUGCACUCAUUUAACAAUGCAGUAUGUGUGUAACAGUAACUAGCAUUCUGUACAUAGGACAGAGUGUAUUUAUGUGGAAUAUGAUGCUUCUUCUGUUGGACUUGUUACUUUUCAUCACCUUAAUAGAGCGCACCCACUUCAGAGCAAGAUACUACUGCUGGUUUCCAGUUCAUGUUCAUCCCAAUUCCUUUCUUUUUUUUUCUUUUUUUCUUUUACUUGGUGCUUUUUCAUGUCAUGCUCCGUCCCCCACAUGUCUGUGUUUGUGUGCAACACUGCUAUGUCUUACUAUCUUACUUGGUCACUGUAACAUAAUCCUGAACCUUGGCCUUAUGUGAGCAGACUGAACUCAGUCAUCUGUUGUGUUCUGACAAAAAGUAUAUAAUAAAGUGGACCAUAUAUACUCA